UAUGAACCUGUUACUGAUUUGAAGAGCUUGUAAUUGAUGAGGUGCUUCAUUCUAAUGCUUUUCUUAUUACGACUAUGAACCAUAUACGAGAGCUGCCUUUUCCGGGAUGAUCUUCAUAUAAGCGCCGACAUGUCAUGAGUGUUAAUGCAGGAGAUCACAGUGUACAACCAAUAGAGAAGUACGAGGGUGCCUAGAUUAUCCCUAUUGUAAAUUAAAGGUACACGUUUUGGACACCCAAUUCUCAUGUUUCUCAAAGAUACAAAGCGAUUGAGAAGUCUCAUUUCGCCUAUAUAAAGGAUACAAAAGUCCACUAGUUUCCUUGAUAUAUCCUACAUUAUUCAAUUCCAAUUCAACAAUCACCAACUUAAAGCUAUCUUCUCAACAAUGUUCUCUUUCAAAGCAAUUUCAACUCUAGCCUUCAGCUUGGGUCUCAUUCAGGCUAAAUCACUUCCAAUGGCAGACGCUAUACCAGCCGCUAAAGCAGCCGCUGAUGCGUAUGCUGAAGCCUACAGUGAGGCAAUUGCACUGGGUUACCCAGAGCCGGAAGCCUUUGCUCUGGCUGCUUCUGCUGAUGACUGUGCCACUUUCCAGUGCCAUGCUGUUUGUGGAACAAUGAUUAUUGCUGCUCAAGGCUGUUCAUAUGACGGCACUUCUUUCACUGGUCCUUACCUUGAGAAUUGUCUCUGUUCUGAUCCUGAUUCAACUUUCAUGGAUAACUACAAUGCUUGUAUGGAUUGUGGUUGGACAUUGUGGAAGUACUACGGUCCUUACCUUACCGCUGGUCUUGAGCAGUGUCAAAUUGACGUCGGGACUUCAACCGACAUUGCUACCGAGCCAACUGGUACUUCAAGAUGUUCUACAACAUUGAGCAGCAGUUACUCUUUGGAUCCUAACAUCAACUACAGCACAUACUUGGCAUGAGUGUUACAAAGUGCCUUUUUUUUUUUGUUUUUUUUAUAUAAGUUUUAUGCAAUCCAUAUUUUAAACAACAAG